UGCAGAAGCAGCUGCAACAGCAAGGAGACAACCGCGGUGCGGUCGCUCGGAAGGAGUCCUGCUACCGCCCCGUCAAGCUCUGGUAGUGACAGCCAUAGAACAGGCAGGGGGCGGGCUCUCGCAGGGUCUCUGCACCUUGUUAUUGGUUGUAAUCAAAUAACUGUAUAUGGUACGCAGAGUUUCGGGCACAUUAUCUGAAAAUGCGCAAAUAAAGAUGAUGGAGGUGGAUCUCACGUAGCACUGUUGUCCCUAGUUUAUCCAGCUUCGUUGCCCACUGCGUUAGGGAAAAAUUGGCUUUUUUUCUGAACACCGUCCACGGAUUCAGUCCAGAAACGAAACAGGGUCUUCGGACGGUGUUCCCAAGAAAGACGGAAACCAUCGACAAUGAGAACAGUCGUUUUCUCCUUGUACUGGCAAAGAAGGAAGAGGAGCAAUGUCUUUGAAAUACGUCUGUUAAGUGAUUAUUACAGCUCAGAUCAAGUAAUCGACUCGCAACUAAGGAAAUUUGGUGGCGAAUCACGCAAGAGCAACACGGAGCACUGAUCUGGCACCCAGCAUUGAUGUCUAUCAAGAUUUAAAAAGCAGCAGACAUUUUGACAACAGGCCACUGUACUAAUCGCCACUAUCAACACUGGCCAUGAAGUUCAUCCAGAGCUUUUAUCAGUCCACGGCAGCCUGACAUAUCCUAAUCAAAUUGCUGUUUUUUGAGAUAUAAUAAGAAGGCUUGUUUGGAUCCAACCAUCCACCUGUGCAAGAGAGAGGGGCUUAACCUGACGAGGCCCCAUGGCUGCAGAUCUGGUCAAAAGGUGCUCAUCUGUAGGGCAUCCCCAACCCCCACACCUAACGCAGGUCCUUACCAGAUCUCACCGUUGGCCUGUUUCCAUUCUGAUGUAACCCACAUAAUCCCGGAUAGUCCUUGCAUGUCGAAGAAAAGGAGUGGGUGAAAUAGCCCUAGCUUCCUCUGUCUGAGAAUGGCUCAUGGAUGGGAUUCAUACUUCCAUAACAUCCCACCUGUAUCAUCUGAUCCAAGGACUUUGAGAAGGACAUCUGAGACAGAAGGAAGUCUUUCCCAGCACAUAGAGAACUUCACUGGACAUCAUGACUUCCUCGGCACAGUGGCGUCACAUGAAGCACCUGCAACAAAUUCAAAUUUCAACACAAACUAUUACACCCAUAACAAUAUUGGAAAUUCUAGUUCAGACUAUGUUUAUCAAAGGUACUACAUGGAAACACCAUGGCAAACUGAUGGAGAAGAAAUGGAAAAGGAUUACCUGCCAAAAUGUGAAACCAGUGCCAUCUCAGACUUUGCUACAGAUGGAUUAACAUCAUCCGGAUCUUUUCCAAUGGAUUUACAAGGACUUAAGCAAGACUGUGGAAUGCUAGCUACAUCAUUUAUUGAGGACUAUUCAGAUGUCAGUAGCUGCUCGGAUGCAGAUGUUGGUGAAACAAGGCCCUCUUGUAAAUUCAUGACAACUAAUUCAGUUCCAAAACCUAUAACCGAUGUUGGUACAAAACACAGCUUAUCCGACUGGCUUUUCACUCACACUGGAAAUAUGUGUUCGACUGAGAGUCUAUGCCCCGAUAUAUCAGACACUAAUGUAAUUUUGCCAAGACCAUCAAAUGGGGAGGCAAGAGAAAACAUAGUUGAAUGUUCACAAGAUAAGAUAGGAAGUCUAGAAAAAGCUUGUAAAUCUUAUACUGGACAUGAUCAGUCCUGUACUACUGCUAGCAUGGUAACAACUACAGGGAGUGAAACUGCAGAGGAUAGAAAUUAUAGUGAUGGUUGUCAGAAACAAAAGGAGGAUGUGGAGACAGAUCUUGCACAAGUGGAGCAUUCUUUUAUCAUGAUAAACAGUGAUGAAAACUUGAUUGAUGAUAGAAAAGAGGAGUAUCCAGAUGGCAGCAACAAGGAGCAGAUAAUUGCAGCUGCUCCAAAUAUUAUCGCUACAUUUGACAAUGAGCAAGAUCACUUUGAAGAAAAGGUCUCAACAAAGGAAAACAUGGCAUUUGAUAAUGUCAACCCCACACACAGUCAAGAUAGAAUUAUGAGAGAAGAUGAGCAAGACGCUAAUGCAGUCCUAAAGAUGGACGGAAAAGAAUCUGCUUCAUUAGAAGAUAAGAUUUUUGAUGAGCAGAAAUCCCUAAAUGCCAACUCUUCUGAUCAAGAUGAAAAUAUGGAAUUUAAUUAUCAGGAAAAAGAUAUUACCUCUCAAUCUUCAGAUCCAUUGAGUAUCAAGGUGUCAGAUUUUAAAGAUGCUAAUCAAGAACUAAGGGAAUGCACAAGUACCUUGAAAAACAGUCAUGAAUCUGAUUCUUGUUUGCAGUUACUUGAACAUCAGUCUUACAAAAGUUUAACUCAGGAUAAUAAUUGUAGGAGCCCUACUGUGACGUUUGAUGGUCAUUUGAGCAAUGCCAGCGACAGCAGUGAGCAAAGUGUUGCUAGUCAUGCAGAAUCCUGCUCACAGCCAAAUGGCUCAGUCACAGACCCAACUCCCUGUCUAAAACAAGAUGGGACAAGUACAGGAAUGAAAACAAACACCAUUUCUUCUACAGAUCCAGAUUGUAGUGGUUCUAGUGUCACCAGUGACAGUCUUUCUAUUGAUACAAGUGACAAGAGUGAGCAAAGUGUUGCUGAUCAUCCAGAAUUUGACUUAAAGACAACCAGGUCAAACACAUACACGAAUCCCUGUCUAGAAGAGGAACUGACAGAUCCAGGAGAGUGGACAAGUGCAACUCUGUUCACAGACCCAGAGGGAAGUGGCCCUGCUGUGUCUAGUGACAAUACCGAACAAAGAGUCUACAGUCAUGAAGAUUUCAGCUUGCAGGCAAACGACUCCACCGCAGACCUAAAUCCCUGUCUAGAAAUGGGUUGGGCAAGUACAAAAAAGAAGACAAACACCACUUCUUCUACAGUUCCAGAUUCUAAUGGGUUUGAUGGCUCUCUUUCUAAUGAAACUAGUGACAACAAUGAGCAAAGCGAUGCUGAGCAUCUGGAAUUGAACUUACAGACAGACAGCUCAAGCACAGACAUACCCUGUCUAGAAAAGGAAAUGACAAGAUCACCAAAGAUGACUACAACCUCUUCUACAGAUUCAGAUUGUAGUGGCUCUGCUGUCACUAGUGACAGUCUUUGUAAUGAAACUAGUAAGAAGAAUGAGCAGAAUGUUUCUGAUUGUCUAGAAUUUGGCUUACAGACAGAUAGCUCUAACACAGAUACAAAUCUCUGUGGAGUAAAGGAAAUGACAAGUCCACCAGAGAAGAAAACCUCUUCUACAGAUCCAGAUUGUGCUGGUCCUGGUGUCACUUGGGGCAGUCAUUCUGUUGAUUUGAGUGACAACAACAAGCAAAGUGUUGUUAGUUAUCUAGAAUCCUGCUUACAGUCAGAUGGCUCGACCACAAACAAACUCCUCUGUGUAGAAAAUGAAAUGAUGAGUCCAGCAAAGAAGACAAAUACAUCUUCUCUCAUUGAUCCAGAAUUUAGUAGCCCAGCUGUGACUAGUGACUCUAAUGUGCAAAGUGUCCCUAAUACUUUAGAAUCCUGCUUACAGUCAAAUGCCCCAACCACAGACACAAAUUCCUGUCUGCAAACGAAAAGACCCACAGAUAAUGCAAAUGCAACUUUGUCUUCAGAUCAGCAACAGUCACUGCAAAAUCGAUUGGCCCUAGAAGCAGAAGGUCUUGGUGGAGAUAUUGCUGAAAAUGCAAGGCAGUCAUUUGAAAAGUUGGACACAUCUAAACAAGGACAAUCUGUGCCUGGCAUUCUAUAUGGUGAACCUCUUUCAGCAGAAGAUUCUUCAUGUGACACAGAUGACACAGUACCUGGCACAGGUCUGUAUAAAGAAAUGUCUGUAGAUAUGCCUGACAGUAACAGCACGGACAAUUCAAAAGCUCAAGAACCUCAACUAGAAUCUUCUAGACAACUGGGAAAACAUCUGCAUCCUGUUGUAAUGUUGAAUACCUUGGAGCCUGUAAAUAGGAUAAGUAAAUUGUAUCGCUGUGCUGAAUGUCAACAGACAACCCAUAAUGUAGAUCAUCUAAUUGAGCACCACUAUUGUUGCCAUUCAGUGCAUGAUUUUCAGUAUUGCAUGACAUGUAAUCUCUAUGUGAUGAGGAAUGAACAAGCCGAGAAACAUUUGUGUGGCGUAAUCAAAGAAAGCCCUCAGGUAUUUUCUGAUUGUAGCCCACAGAAGGAAAAAAAACGCCACAGCUGCGUUAGGUGCGGAAUCAAAUUUCCAAAAUUGAUUCAAUAUAUUAGCCAUAUGCGUGGACACACUGGCAAAACGCCAUACAAGUGUAAUAAAUGUGGAUUAUAUUUUGCACAGCACUGUUCCCUGUCAAGACACAAGCAUAUUCCUGGCAGAUGCAAGCUGGCAAAACAUCCAGUGACAAAUUACGAUGCUGUUACCAGUGAAACCAAAACACCACCAAAAAAGGAUUUGGUACAGGACAAACCAUAUGUAAAUCUGCCUGAAUGUUAUAUCAAGCUUGUUGACUUCACCAAGACUAACAUGUGUAGAUUAUGUGGUAAAAGCUUCUCAACUGUAGAUGAGACUCAAAAGCACUUCUACAAUGCACAUAAGGGGAAAGGUUUGUCAGUUUCGUUAAAUCAGGGUUCCACAAACAUCAGUGGUAAGGAAACUCCAAAGGCAGAGAGGGAGACGAGAGGAAAGUAUAAUUGUCCUCUUUGUCCACGGUUUUUCAAGUACUCCUACAACAGGGCUCGACACUUGCGUGACUGUGUUAAAGAGUCAAUAUAUGGUGGCAAGAAAACAGUUGAUGGUAAAUAUUGGUGUCCCUUGUGCCACACUACUUUCACUUUACCAUCCAACCGAUAUAGACAUAUUCAAACAAUUUGUCUGAAAGAAUGUCUUAAUCGGCUUGCAAAGGAGAGGGCAAAAACCAGGCAAGAUACGGAACAACUAAAAAUAAAGGACACUGAACAGAAAACACAGUUCAAAUCGGUCGGUGAACAAAAAAAGCAGCCUAAGGAAAACGAACAGAAAAAACAAGCACCCCCAGCAAUAACAGCCCCCAAGACUUUUCCACGUUACAAAUGCAAUCUUUGUCCAGCGGUUUUUUCUCAUGCUUCUGGAAAAUACAGACAUAUGAAAAAACAUGAGCUGUUUAAACUAACUGGCAAAAUGUUCAGGUACAGGAAUUCAGUGUUCACUGCUAUGUGUAAACCUGCAACUUUAAGUAGUAUGGAGAAUGAAAAGAUUAAGGAAAACUUAAAACCAGCUGAAGCAAAUAGCAGUCUUGCACUGAGCUGUCGUUUCUGUGAAAAAGGUUUCAGCACAUCACAGUCACUGAAGAAACAUGAGAGCAGUCAUCGAGGUGAAAGACCAUAUUGCUGUCUGGAAUGUGGAAAAAGAUUCAAGAAACGUUCUGGUUUGAUUGGUCAUAAAAUUGUUCAUCAGAGGAGGAUACAGUGCACUGUCUGCAGAAAGAUUCUUCCAACUAUUGGAGAACUGAUCCAGCACAGAAAGUCACAUCUCAAGAGAGGAAAGCUUCAAUGUCCAGACUGUCAUCUGCAGUUCCAGUAUCCUGCAUAUCUUCUUAGGCAUCUAAACAGCCACCGAAAUAGAGAAAACAAGGCACCUCACCUUGAAGAGAGCCCAGCACUGAAACCACACCAGCCCUUGGAAUCUGUGAAAGAGCACAGUAAACCAAAGCAGCUGCACUGUUCCUUAUGCAAAGAUGUAUUUAAUGAUGCCCAAGUACUAAGAAAACAUUGUUUUACACAUAUAUCUGAGUCCUCAUCAAACCAAUGUCCAUUUUGCAAACUUACUUUCCGUAUUCGCCGAAAUUUGCUGCGCCACAUGAUCAAACAUACUGGAGACAAACCCUUUUCCUGUGAAAACUGUGGAAAACAGUUUUACCGUGACUGUUAUCUUAAAUUUCACAGUCAGAGGUGUUCACAUGCUCAUACUAGACAUCUUGUCACAAUGGACGCGAAGAUGAAGACUACAACACAAUAUCAGUGUUCCUAUUGUCCACGGAAGCUUACCAAGAAAAGAGAUCUGAAAGGUCAUCACCGUGCCCACAAAAGAAACACCCUGCUUUUAUGCUCAAGGUGUGGGCAGUAUUUUGGAUUUACAAAAUUAAAUCAACAUCAGAGGAACUGUGUGGGGACAGUGGAACUCAACACUGGCUCUCCUGAUGGCAAUUUCAGUAAAAGGACUUCACUGACAAACCAGAAUGUCCAUAAAAUAUCUUUGCAGUCCAGUGCAACAAAGAAGCUCCAGUUGAAUUGCCCACACUGUACACAGAAAUUCAGGUACAGGUCAUUACUCCUGAGACACCUUGUUUCACAUACUGGUGUGCAACCUUAUGCAUGCAUGCACUGUGGUCACAGGUAUGGCAGUCAGACUAUGUGUUUGCAGCAUGAAGCUUUCUGUGAUGGAGUUUACAAAGAGGAGCCAUUAAAAGUCAAAAGUGAUGCUGCAGCAAAACUGUCCAACAUGCCUACUCAUGCCGAGGCUGCACAGAAGCCCCAAGUAGAAGGUGACGCUGAGUAUAAGUGUAAAUUCUGCACCAAGACUUUCAUGAAAUCACGAAACUUGAGGCAUCACAUUUUAACACACAAUGAAGUGAAGCCUUAUCGCUGUAAAGGCUGUGACAGCUGUUUUUCAAGAUAUGAUCAUCUGAAAGUACAUCAGACUCGUUGUAAAGGGAAAAGACGACGACUAGAAGUCUGUAUUCCCAAAAUCAGUUUAGAUGAUGUUGGUAAGGGUUGGCAAACAAAGUGUGGCAUUGCACCUGCCAAAAAGCCGGAGACAUUUGAGUGUGAAGUCUGUUCAAGAAGCUUCCCAACUAAGUCUAAACUUUCCCGACAUAACACAUUGUUCCAUACUGCAAAACUAUUCAAGUGCACACACUGUGGCUCAUCAUUUGCUCAUGAAAAAUCUCUGAAAAAGCAUAGAAAGAGGACCAAGUGCAAAAAAGCCUCCGGUGAAACAAGUGUUUCUGUGCCACUGGAAACUUAUCAAUCAACGGAAAAUGUACCAAAACCACUGUAUGGGGUGAAAAAUCAAAUUCUACAGAGGAUCAAGCCUUGUUUUAACAAAAAGUACAAAUAUGUAUGUAGCUAUUGCCCCCGUGCUUUUGGAACUGCCUGGCAAUUAGGCAUCCACACCCGCCUGCACACAGGAGAGAAACCAUUUUCCUGUGACUAUUGUGGUGAGAGAUUUAUAAGGAAGGAUUAUGUGCAGCGUCAUCACCCAAAGUGCCCCAAGAAAGAACAGCAAAAUAACAUUCUCUGUGAUAAAUGUGGAGAGGUUAUCUCCAAAGUUCAUCUUGAAAAUCACAAAAAAAAUUGCACUUUACCUCAAAUUUCAUCCAAGUCUACAGUUUGCCAAAGCCAACAGUCAGCCUCUCAAAUCCCACCAAAAGGCUUUUCUUGUGCAUACUGUAGUUCCCGGUUUUUGCUGUUUUCAAAACUCCAAGAGCAUUUUUUAAAUGCGCACAAGUUGGAAACAACGGUUCCACCAGUGACUACUGCACCCCUACAACACCAUUUAUCAAAUGUACCAGACAUCAAAGAAGAGCCUUCUGAGGAGAGUUGUGAUGAACGGCGUAGGGAAGAUGCUAAUUUAAUCUGUGAAUUAGAUACAGCUCUUGAUCAUGAGGUACACAAACAGUUUUACUGCCAAGAGUGCAAUUUGUUCUUUGCAAGUAAACCUGGACUAACUUCUCAUCUGCGUGGACAUGCAAUGGAGUCUCCUUUUAAUUGUAAAUUAUGCCAUAAAGGCUUCUGGAAUAAAACACUUGUCCGUAAUCACUACAGGAAAUGUAGGUUUGGACAUACUUCAGAAGGGAAUACAGUAAGACAGGAAGCCCCUUUGAAAGCAGAGAUUGACUUUGCACUGAAUGACUCUGUUCUAGUGUUCAAAGAACACUCUAAAACAACUGGCACUGGGGUUUUGCAGACCAACUUUUCCUGCAAAGAUGACUUCAUGGGUGAAUCUGCACCAAAUUCAGAGGGAACCCAGGUGCAAAGCUCAAGUAAUGUGAAGAAAGUUGUGCAGUACCAAUGUUCAGAAUGUGAUAAGAGCUUCACAGAUGGCUUAUUGCUCAUUAGUCACCUUGAAGACCAUGGAAGGCAGGAACAAGAGAAAAAAUGCAAAACAUGCACUAAGUGUGGGCGGGUGUGUGAUACUCGAGAACAACUUGAAAGACACAUGAGGUUGCAUGGCAUUAUUAAGGAAUACCCCUGCCCUGACUGCCCCAAGGUGUUUUAUAUCUUAUCUGAUCUUAAAAUCCACAAAACAUGUCAUGACUCAAAUAGACCUUAUGCCUGCAAACUGUGCACUCAGAGGUUUUGGACAAGACCAUCUUUAUAUAAUCAUUACAUGGAAGACCACCCAGCUGAUACAUUUACUUGUCAUUUCUGUAACAACAGCUAUUCAACUAAAAAUUCAUUGGCAAGACACUAUAAAAAAUGGCAUCAAAAAGAGCAGAAGGAGUUUGAGAGUAUGGUACAAGAAAAGAGCAGCACUGAACAGCAAACUACCAGUCAUGUCAGUACAACUGGUGAAAGUGAUACAGAUGAAAAUAGCAGUGAGGACAGUGACUCGGACUCUGCACCAUACUUCCCAUGCCAUGUGUGUGGCAAGACAUUCCCAACAUCAGAAAGUCUUGAAGAUCACCAGCGAUGUCACCUGGGUGAAAAACCACAUGAAUGUGAGGAAUGUGGGAGAUGUUUUUUCCAGGCAUCCCAGCUGCAGCAGCAUCAACGAAUGCACCAGUCUGAAUUUCAGUGUCAGGCAUGUGGCAGGGGAUUUGUGUCUCUCUUUGCACUGCGUAAACACAAGCAUACUCAUGGAAAGAGCCGUCCAUACCGUUGUACUAAGUGUGACUUCAGUUUCACAGGACCCUUGCAACUGGCAGAACACAUGUCUACCCACCGUGAGGAGAACUUUCCAUGUGACAUAUGCAGUCAUGUGUUUCUCUCCAAGGCUAGUAGAGCUGAGCAUCGAAAAAGCCACUCUCAAUCGGUUGACCAACCCCCACCUUCAGUAUCAAGAGAAGAACAUGAAAAGUCUUCUUCAGUGUCUGAUGACUCAUCAGCAUUCACCAAUGAACUUAAAUAUCGCUGUGGUGUUUGCAAUGAGCGUUUCAGAGACCCAGAGGAGCUCUCAGAGCAUGGUUGUGCGGCAGCCAAUGAGCGACUGUACUCGUGUUCAGACUGCAAUAAACAUUUCCUGCAUGCAUCUCAUCUGAAAAAGCACAGGACUACCCAUCAGCUGUCAUCGUCAGUUAGUGAAUAUCCAUGUAAUCAAUGCAACAGUAGUUUUGCUUCACCUCAGCACUUUCUCAGCCAUCUUAAGACGCAUGUUGACACUGCAGCAGAAAUUAAAGGCAACAUUGAAGGUGAAGAUGGAGGACCUUCACAGGGUUUCAUAUGUCCAGUGUGCCAUCAGUGUUUUGCUAGUGCUGCUGAACUGAGUUGUCAUUUUCCCACACAUUCUGAUGGUAUAUUUAAAUGCAAAAUUUGCAAAAAGACAUUUUCUUCUCCAAGCAAGCUUGAAGAACAUGCAUGCCACCAUCUGACAUUUGAAUGUACAGAAUGUGGCCAGUGGAUUUUGGGAAGCGAUGCUUUCCACCAGCACUGCUAUUUCCAUCAGAAGCAGAAAGUAAUAGAGACCAAAUGCUCCAAUCCAUCAGCUAAGGCAUCCCCUCCAACUCGCUAUCAAGCAGCAGGAGAGGAGGAGGAGAUUGACGUUAUUGGAGAGGACUUGUUCAAUUGCUCUGUUUGUUCAAUGCAGUUCUUUUCCAAAAGUGGUCUCCUGGAGCAUCAAAAUAAACAGCACUUAAAUGACAAGCCAUUCAGGUGUGAACUUUGUGGAAAAAAGUUUGCCUUGCGGCGGUACCUUAGAAGGCAUGAGCAAAGACAUCGCCUAAAAUCAGUUCAGUCAUCUGAAAAUGAGUUCAGAUGCAACCAGUGUCACACCAAAUUUAACACAGCUAAAGAUCUGUCUUUGCAUAUGAAAAGGCAUGCUGAAAAAAAUGUCGGAGAAUACCGCUGUGAUAUGUGUUACAAGUCAUUUAGCCAUUGGUCUCUUCUUAAGCAGCACCAAGAGAGUCAUGUUGGCCAAGUCGUAUACGAGUGCACUGAAUGUGACAAAGCUUUUGCUUUUCCUCACCUACUGGAGGAACAUCAACAGAGUCAUGCUGGUUCCUCUCAGUAAUGCCUGUUAGAUACCAUCUACUUUAUCAUUUAUUUAGAAUAGCUGUAGUUAAAGUAUCUUGAAAUCCCUCUCAUGCCUUACACGUGACUCUAUACCUCCACUUGUAAUCACGGUUUAGGUUACAUUUGUAUUUUGGUCCUUGUUGCAUACUUAUGAAGCUCUUGGCUCAUGUCACUGUAACAGCAUCCUCUUGAGUUCUAUUGCUAAUGUAUAUAUUUUUAUUUCUAGUAUUGGGAUUUGUAUACAGUAAAUUAGCCACAUAGUUUCUUGACGGUGUUUUGUAAAUCUGACAUUUAUGUAAAGUUCUUCAGCAUUCUGUAAUGAGAAGAGAGAAAGCAUGAUGGGAUAUGAUGAUUAUGGAAUGCCUUGUAUAGAGGCUGAAAAUUUUGAUCAGUUAUGUAUAACAUUUAUUUUGGAAAAGCUUUUAGUCAGUUUUGUUGACAGUAUGUACAUUAGGCUGCAACCUGGUCAUUUUAAUCUGUUUGUAUUUUCUAUGGUAUGGCUGUUCAUGUACAGUACAAUAGAUAAUUUUCAAAUUUUCAGUUUAUCAUUUUUCUGUUUACUGUGGAUUGAAACUUUUGAUAUUGAUAAGUAUCUUUUACAGGUGUGAAAAAUGUUCUAAUUGAAUAUUCAUUUCACAACAUGAGGAUGGUACUUUUUGGAAAAAAAGAGUUGAUUAAUUCAAUUAAAGUCA